AUGAGGUCUCUACCACCACCACGAAUUACCAGAGCCAGAAGAUGGAAACGAAUCAAAAGAGCAUUGAAAAAUUUAUUCACUAAAGGUUAUAUCUCAGACUUUGGCGUGUUUCAAAAACGAGCUUGGCUUUCACGACAAUGUCACUCCGUUUCUAUGAUUGGACGACUGCCUAUAUUGUCUCGAAUGAGGAAAUUGAAUUCGACUGAGGAUAAUCUUGUCAGGUCGGCAAAUUGGGGACUCUUAAUUGCAAGAAGUUUCAGCAAACUCGUUGCUAAAACAUCUUUACCAGGUUUAAAGAACGACUUUGUUGAGAGAGAUAGAUGGAAAAAAACCGCGACCUAA